AGUAACAGAUUUGAAAUAUUCAAAUAAUGUGGAUACUUCUGAUUUGUCAUCUGAAAGAUAAGAUAAAACGCUACUAACUAUGAAUAUCUAUGAAUUAUAUUAAUUAAAUUUCUUGUGUGCUUCUCAGUAACAGUGAAUUAAAAUGGCGUUAGCGGGAGUUAACGUAACAGAUUUACCUACUAAUUAUGGGUACUAUACAUCUGGAGGAAUUCAGCAAGGGCUUACCGCAGAUAAGCCGAACUUUUACCUCAAUAACAAAGAAAUUUUUGUUUACAGUGGAGCUAUGCAUUAUUUUAGAGUACCAAGAGCGUAUUGGAGAGACAGAUUGAGAAAAAUGAGAGCUGCAGGUCUUAAUACCGUAGAGACUUACGUCCCAUGGAACCUCCACGAACCGCGAGCUGGUGAAUUCGAUUUCGGUAAUGGUGAAAAUGACAUGUCAGACUUUUUACAUUUAGAAGAGUUCCUUAAGAUCGCCCAAGAGGAAGAUUUAUUCACAAUUAUCCGAUCCGGACCAUUCAUUUGUGCUGAAUUCGAAUUUGGCGGACAUCCCAGUUGGUUAUUACGGGAUAAUGAUAUAGAAUUCAGAACCAGCAAUCCUACUUAUGUAAAACAUGUUACCAACUUUUUCAAUGUCCUUUUACCGAUUCUAGCGGCGUUCCAAUUUACCAACGGGGGAUCCAUUAUAAUGUUUCAAGUAGAAAAUGAGUAUUCAAUUUCUGGAAAGCACGAUUUAGAAUAUUUGAAGAUACUGAGGACCUUGAUGCUUAAUAACGGUAUAGUGGAACUUUUGGUUACGGCAGACAAUCCGAACAAAGGUACUUACGGUACGUUACCAGAGCUAUUUCUGAUGACUGGCAAUUUCGAUCAACAAGUUAAAACAAAUUUGGAUCGGCUUAAAGCGAUACAACCAGGUCGACCUACCAUGACCAUGGAAUUUUGGGGAGGAUGGUUUGACUACUGGGGCGAUGAACAUAAUAAAAAUAAAACUUUAGCUGAAUUUCAAUAUAACUACGAAGAAAUUCUGAAAUAUCCUUCUUCAGUUAAUAUUUAUAUGUUCCACGGUGGUACUAACUUUGGAUUUUUGAAUGGUGCAGAAAAUUUAAAUUUUGAUGAAUGGGAAACAGAUUACAACUCGAUAACGUCAAGCUACGAAUAUGUCGCACCACUUGAUGAAGCUGGUGAUUACACCGAUAAAUAUUGGGCAACGAAAGAAUUAUUAGAAAAAUAUAAUCCUAUCAAGACUGCUCUACCUAGUGUACCUGAAGCGCCCCAAAAAACUGCUUACGCUAGCAUAACCAUGGAACAAGAGCUAUUUUUAUAUGAUAUGUUACAAACUAUACAACCAGUUUACGCCAAAAACGUAAUUGCAAUGGAAAAAAUAGAGGCGAAUAAUGGAAAUGGACAAAGUUACGGGUACGUUGUAUAUAGGAAAACAAAUCUCAAUAUUCCAGAAAACGCUUACCUGAAAAUUGAAGGUAGAAUAUGCGAUACAGCCAUGGUGCUUAUAAAUGGCAUAUUAGUAUCUCCAUGGUUGCAAAAAGCUGCUGAUUUAAAUGGAUUCGGUACAUCUCGAAUUGUAGAUUCCACACUACUUUUAACAAAAGAAGCUAUUCAAGGAGCAACAUUGGAUAUAGUGGUGGAAAAUUGGGGCAGAGUCAAUGUAGGGGUUUAUAAGCAAUUCAAAGGCAUAUGGCAAGGCAAUGGUGUCAAACUGAACGAUGAAUACAUCUACGAUUGGACUAUUUAUCCCUUGGAAUUCAAAUCAGCCUGGACUACCAGUUUAACCGGCUGGAGUAACUUCUUGUCCAACUCUAUCGGUCCAGCUAUGUAUAAAGGAAAUCUGCAUAUCAGUGAAAAUCCUUUAGAUACUUUUGUCUAUAUGGAGAAAUGGAUUAAAGGAAUCGUUAUAGUAAACGGAUUUGUUAUUGGUAGAUAUGCUAGAAUGGGACCCAUACAAACACUAUAUUUGCCAGCUCCGUUAUUGCGACAAGGGAAUAAUGAGAUAGUAGUAUUUGAACAUUUUCGACCGUCCACUACUGUUGAUUUCCAGAACCAUCAUGUCUACAAUAAUUACUAAAUAAAAUGUAUUUAUCAUUAUUGAGUUUCUUAAUAAAUUGGGAUACAAUCGACAAA